AUGAAGAAAUCAGAAGCAGAUGAGAAGAUUCUUAGCUACAAUGAUGUGGUGCUUAGGCGAUCCGAUCUUGACAUCCUUAGUGGUCCAUAUUUUUUGAAUGAUCGGAUUAUUGAGUUUUAUUUCAGCUAUAUUCCUUCAUGCUAUUCCUCUCAUGAUAUACUGCUGAUUCCACCAUCCAUUGCAUUUUGGAUAAUGCAAUGCCCUGUCGUUGAAACUCUUGGUGAUUUUAUAGAACCCCUUCAUUUGCCUGAUAAGCCACUGGUCUUAUUUCCCAUCAAUGACAAUGAGGAUGUUGACAGAGCUGAAGGUGGUUCUCAUUGGAGCCUAGUUGCAUAUUACCGCAAGGCUAAUGUGUUUGUUCACCAUGAUAGUUGCAGUAGCAUGAAUUCAGCACCCGCCAAGAAACUCUAUGAAGCUGUUGCUGGAUACAUGGGGUUCUCUGGAUCAGCUUCUGAGGCUAGCUUUCUGGAAUGCACUAAUUCACCCAUGCAAGAUAAUGGUUAUGACUGUGGCUUAUAUGUGACGGCCAUAGCAAGAGUAAUAUGCAACUGGUACGUAAAUCAUAAACAUACAGAUUCGGAUGAUCUGUGGUUUUCUGCUGUGAAGGAACUGGUUACUCCACCUGUCGUGGCCAGCAUGCGAGGCGAGAUCCUGGCCUUGAUCAGAGAUCUAAUGGCAAGACAUGGAGAAUAG